AUGGACAAUGAUGACGAAGGGGGAUAUGAUCCUCGAGAUUUUGUUUAUUCUCAAUCAAGUGAUUCUGGUUCAGAUGAUGAAAUGAUCAAUUUAAAGAUUAAAAAUUCAAAAUAUAGAGAAUACCAAGCACCUGGUUCUAACUUGACUUCUAGAAAUGUUAAUAACACUGCGAAUCAAAAAGAGUUCACCACGGAAUAUUAUAAUAAUGAGGAUGAUAAUUCGAUGGACUCGUUUUGCCAUAAAUUGCAGAAACUGGAUGUCGAUACGUCUCAAUAUACCUUAUCCUUUUCUAAAUUAUUGUCCACGCCCACGCCUAAUAUUCCUUCCGAUUAUUCUGAUUCAGCAGAUGAACACUUGAAAACCGCUCAAAAUUAUUCAAGAUCAAGAUUUACUUGCAUUCGUUUAGCAGAUUCAUUUUCAACCUCUGCUAAAUGUAUUAAUUCAUACUCUCAGUCAUUACCAGCAUCAAUGUCUGUUGAAAAUAACACGCUUCAUUCCAUUGAAAAUCCUUUGCAAUUAGGCUGCAACCAUCCGGAAUGUAAUAAAGCAUUACAACAUAAUAUUACAUCAUCAUCAAAUUCCUACCUUGAUAUGAAUCAAUCAACAAACGCUCACUCAUAUCAAUUGCGUCAUCUUCACUCUACAUUAUCUAAACCAUUAAUAGAUCCGAUAACUAAGCAUCCAUCAAAAACUCUAUCUUCGUAUUCUCAUCAAAAGAAAUCUUUAAAAAAUCAACAAAUUAAGAAUACUAUACCAACACGUUCAAAUCCCAAAAGAACCUCAACCAUCAUUCUACCUUCGUAUGAAAAUAUUCAAAAAGUGAAAAGAUUAAUAACUUGUAAGAAAACGAAUUGUGGAAAAUUAUUUGCUACCGUAUCUGAAUUAGAAGUUCAUGAACAAACUGUACAUCCAUAUAAGUGUAAUUAUUGUGAUGCAAGAUUUGAUAAAACUUAUUAUGCCGAAAAACAUAUGCAUUUGCAUAAUCUUAAGUUUCCAAUGGAAUGUGAAGUACCAGGAUGUGGUAGUAUUUUUUAUGCGAAGAAGCCUUACGAAAGUCAUUUGAUGAAACAUCAAAAAAAGGUAGAAAAAAUGCAUUUACGAAUAAAAUUAGAAGAAACCAAUAAUUCAGAGAAAAUUAUUGAUCAAAAGACAAAAAUUAAUGAUGAAAGGACGAAAAUUAAAGAUAAAAAAACAAAAAUUAAUGAUGAAAAGAUGAAAACGAAAGAUAAAAAGACAAAAGUUAAUGAUGAAAAGACGAAAAUGAAAGAUAAAAAGACAAAUCAUUUACGUAAAGCAAAUACUAAAAAAUUAGUAGAAAAUGAUAACAACGAAAGAUCUAAAGUAAGCACGAAUAAGAGAAGUGGAGUAAACGAAGAUAAUAAAGAUUUUGUAGAAAAUGGUAAUAACGAAAGAUCUAAAGUAAACACGAAUAAUAAGAAUAAUAAGAGAAGUGGAGUAAACGAAGAUGAUAAAGGACAUAAAAUAAAUAUGAAUAAUAAAAAGUUUAGAGUAAGUGCGGAUAAUGAAAGUUCUGAAGUAAUGGUAGAUAGAGUUGUGGUAGUGAUAACAGAUACGUAUCAAUAA